GAUGACACGGUGAAUGGGAGGCCAGAAACGGCCGCUUUUGACGCCGUUUUAAGCCGCUCGCUCACCGUGGUCGGUCUUGGCGUCACGUGUCCCAAAGCCCACGCUCGACCCCGUUUACUGCCACCUGUGCUUCGGGUUGGCCGUGCCUGGUGCCUGGGCCCAAUUGAUCGACCGAUGUCCAUUCUCAUCCUCCUGCGGAGGGGAGCCAUUUUUGGCUCCUCUGUUGACCUUUCUGCUUCCCUGGGUUUCCAUAAAUAUCGACCGCCAUGGCCCCCGACCGACAGUCCCCCCUCGCUCUCCAACAAACUCUCCAGCCCCAGGCCUGGGUUUCUAACGGGUGACGUGCUCAAAGUGAAAUAA